AUGCACUUUGAUGCAUGGCCGCCGGACACGUGGCCUGAUCUCGAUCUUCUUGGACCUUUCGUUCAUACAUUAUCGAAGAGGGAAGUUCAGGUAAUGCGAAAGUCGUUAGACAAUUAUAUUCCUCCUGUUGUCAUUCAGAGUGACGAUGGCCUUGGAAGGGGUCCUGUCAUAUGGGUGGCGACGAUUCUCAUGAAGGACAUAGAGAAAAAGGAAUGUUUCGAUGUGGAGGAUCUGGCGAAGAAAUGCGCAAGGCGUGUUUCUGAAUCAGCUCGACCGGGUGCAUUUCAUAAGAAAGUUUAUUUCUGCGUUUUACUUGCUCUUGCUUUUCGACUUGCAUCACUUGGUGGAUGGAUUGCGUUAGAGGAUGCUCGUACAAGAAUGAAAGACAUACAAGGAGCUUAUCAAGAAAGUUUGAAGAAGUAG